AUGUCAAGGUCCGCGACACCUGCGUUGCCUCUGCAUAAUGCACCAAACUCCGACUCUCCGCGGGGCCCAUCCGCCAACUCGUUAGGGGUCCGGCCAGAUGCUCCUUCAUCGGCUUCAACCUCCACAUACUCGUGGCUCGAACCGCAUGAAACCGCUGAAAGAUUACAUACCUCCCUCUUGCAUGGCCUGACUCCCGCAGAGGCUGAACUGCGCAUCGCACGGGAUGGCCCCAACGAACUCCCCUCCGAGGAGCCAGAGCCCCUGUGGUUACGGUUCCUCAAGCAGUUCAAGGAAACCCUCAUCCUCCUCCUUCUGUCAUCGGCUGGAAUAUCAUUCGUGAUGGGCAACUACGAUGACGCCAUCAGUAUCACUCUCGCGGUUACAAUUGUGGUGACGGUCGGCUUUAUCCAAGAGUACCGAUCGGAGAAGUCACUGGAGGCGUUGAGCCGUCUGGUCCCACACUAUGCCCACCUCAUCCGCGCUCUGCCAUCUGCAACAAAUGCUGCUGCGGACCCAUCGGUUGCUGGAGAAGAACUGGAUGAAUUUCGGAGUAAGAGUCCUGGCUCGGCCUCUGCUGCCAUGAAAGCAUCCACAACCGUCCCAGCCGCUCAUCUAGUGCCUGGCGACCUGGUCCUCUUCUCCACUGGUGACCGUAUUCCCGCCGAUAUACGAAUCACUGCGGCCACGGAUCUCACGAUUGAUGAGUCGAACUUGACAGGUGAAAAUGAACCCGUGGUCAAAUUCUCUCCCGCACUUCGCAGCCACCACCACCAUCUUGGAGCCACACCGGCUCUGAAGGUCGCCAGUCCUCCUCGCUCGCCAUUCUACGAUGCCCCUGCCACCGGUGCUGUUGGUGCCGAUAUCCGUCUUAAUGAGCAACACAACAUUGCAUUCAUGGGUACACUCGUCCGUUCUGGGCAUGGCCAGGGUAUUGUUAUAUCUACAGGCGCAAAGACGGAGUUUGGAAGCAUCUCAGCUUCACUACAGGAAAUCGAAAGCCCCCGGACUCCUCUACAGCUCUCCAUGGACCGCCUUGGUCAGGAGCUGAGCUAUAUCUCAUUUGGUGUCAUCGGGUUGAUUGUGGUUAUUGGAAUCUUGCAGGGACGCAACCUGCUUGAGAUGUUUACAAUUGGCGUUUCACUGGCUGUCGCUGCAAUUCCAGAGGGUCUGCCUAUCAUCGUGACUGUCACUCUUGCUCUUGGUGUACUGCGUAUGGCUAAAAGGGGAGCAAUCAUGCGCCGACUUCCCAGUGUUGAGACACUGGGCUCGGUCAAUGUUGUCUGCAGUGACAAGACUGGUACUCUCACCAUGAACCAUAUGACGGUCACCAAAAUGUGGCACUUUGAUAGUGAGGAGCCAUUUGAGAUUCAGCGGGACAUGGCCUCGGUACUUUCGCUUGGUCCCGCAGCACGUACUAUUCUCCGCGUUGGUAACGUUGCCAACAACUCUCGUCUCUCACGAAUCCAUGCCAACUCUCCCGCUAGCGCAUCCUCUGCGGCGGUUCUUUCGUCUACUGUUGACAGAGACUCGACUGCUGUGAAGAGUCGUUGGGUCGGUCAGCCUACGGAUGUCGCUAUAUUGGAUCUGUUGGAUAUGCUGGGUGAGGAUGAUGUCCGUGAGCGAAUUAGCGCUCGUGUAUCUGAGACGCCAUUCAGCUCUGAGCGAAAGUGGAUGGGUGUCAUCAUUGGCAGCCGCAGCCCUGGCGAUUCUGACGUUGCAUAUAUAAAGGGUGCCAUGGAGCAGGUCCUGGCUCGUUCUGACACCUAUCUAACUAAAGAUGGUCGUGAAGUCAUUCUGGACGAGCCCCGCCGCAAGGUUAUUCGUGAGGCUGCAGAACGCAUGGCCAGCGAGGGUCUGCGAGUGCUUGCCUUUGCCAGUGGAGCUGUCCGCGCUGCUUCCCGCGGCAUGCGAGGGUUUGGUAGUCGUUCUACUACUCCUUCCUCCAAAUCCAGCAGCCCCGUUGAUGACGAUGAUCGCUAUAAUGGGUUGGUCUUCGCCGGCCUGGUCGGCAUGAAUGACCCGCCUCGCCGGGAUGUGCACAAGGCUAUCCGUCGCCUUAUGGCCGGUGGCGUCAGAGUCAUCAUGAUCACUGGUGACGCCGAGACUACCGCCGUGGCCAUUGCAAAGAAGCUUGGGAUGCCAGUCAACGAGUCUGCGAACGCACGGUGCGUUAUGCGCGGCGAUGAGAUCGACCACAUGAACACGGGCGAGCUCGCCCAGGCCAUUUCCACCACUUCGAUCUUCGCCCGCACGAGCCCGGACCACAAAAUGAAAAUUGUGCGCGCGCUUCAGUCUCGUGGAGAUGUGGUCGCUAUGACCGGAGACGGUGUCAACGACGCACCGGCGCUCAAGAAGGCCGACAUUGGGAUUUCCAUGGGUAAACUUGGCACCGAUGUUGCGAAGGAGGCCGCCGACAUGAUUUUGACGGAUGAUGAUUUUUCGACUAUUCUCCGCGCCAUUGAGCAGGGCAAGGGUAUCUUUUAUAAUAUUCAAAACUUUAUCACGUUCCAACUCAGCACCAGCGUGGCUGCUCUCAGUCUUGUAUUGCUGAGUACCACACUCGGAUUCAAGAAUCCACUGAAUGCCAUGCAGAUCUUGUGGAUUAAUAUUCUCAUGGACGGCCCACCAGCUCAAUCUCUCGGUGUCGAACCCGUUGACCCCUCGAUCAUGAACAGGCCUCCGCGUCCCAAGCACGCGCGUGUCCUCACGAAACCCCUCAUCCAGCGCGUCCUCACCUCCGCCCUGGUCAUCAUGCUCGGCACCCUUGCCAUCUACAUCCACGAGAUGGGUGAAGUAGACGACGGCCAACCCUUGGGCAAACGGUCCCGGGUUGUGACCGCCCACGACACCACCAUGACAUUUACGUGCUUCGUCCUCUUUGAUAUGUUCAACGCUUUGACCUGUCGCAGCGAAGGCAAGUCUGUUCUCCGCGGCGAGCUGCCCCUCUUCGGCAACAAAAUGUUCAACUACGCCGUGCUGGGCUCCCUGGCCGGCCAAGCCUGCGUCAUCUACCUGCCCUUCCUGCAGCGCAUUUUCCAGACCGAGCCGCUCGGCUUCGGAUCGCUGUUCAAGCUAGUCUGCAUUGCCAGCUCGGUGUUCUGGGUUGACGAGGGUCGCAAGUACCUCCAUGCCCUCCGCCGCCGACGCGGUCUAGGUGCGGGGUAUAGUGUCAAUGUGUAA